GUGCACACGGAUUGCACAACUUUGCAUUCUUAGCGUAGCUCCAAUGAAUGGUUUGCGUUAAUCACAACGCACGCAUUGCAGCUGACGCUAAGGGAACGGACGAUAAAUCAAGUCUCGUUUUCGUAACAUUCACGCAUUGAUGCGUGUGUCAAGAAAAUAGGUGACCCAUUUUCUAGAACAUUGAUGCGUGGAUCAGUAAAAAUAGACUAAGAGGAUUACCCAAAAGCGAGGGUGACGAAGUUAACGAUUCCGUUGGUCCGUGGUGCAACCUGUUGAGAUGCAUGGCAUGAGUAAAAUUAGAUUAAGUGAUUCCUAAUAAAUAUGCCCUGCUCCGAGGAAUCGGAGUCAGUUAUGUUCGAGAAGUAUAGUGAGUCAGUUCUUCCAUAUCACAAGUCCCAAGAAGAUACAACACUGGUGUCGAAGUAAAAAUUUAAAGUGUUAAAGUGUUAACCGAAAUCAAGUGAUAAGUAGCUCAAAAGAAGAGAGCAAGUAAAGUUCUAUCAAAAGUUUACAAAAGAAAAAAGUUAAGUGAACAGUGAAAACCAACAAAACAUCGGAAACUGCAGCAACAACAACAACAUCAACAGAAAUCAUGUGGAUUCUACUUCUCCUAGUUGGAUAUACGUCAGCAUUAGACCUUAGUUCAACAAAACUGGACAAAUCAGGAGCAGUGCUGGAGAGAAUUCCUAAUGUCGCUUUUGUUAAACAACAUCUAAAAAUGGCCACGUAUGUCGAUCUGGACAAGCUGAAAGAGGAAAUGAAAUUUGCACAAAACAUGACUGUCAUGACGAAGGAUGCUUGUGACAAAAUGUUGGCUGUUAAUAUAUCAAAAAACUGUGAGUAUGAGUUGUCAUCUUUAGUGAGUACAUGGGAUAGUGUAUCUCAUUCAAUUAGUAUUUUUAACAAUAAAGAUAAACGUUCUGCUCCUUGGUUGGGUGUUGUCGGUAAAAUAGCAAAAACUAUUAUCGGAACUCUUGAUGCUGAUGAUGGACUGUUUUACGAGGAACAGUUUGCGAAAGUAAAAAGCAAUGAGGAUCUUUUAUUAAAGCGUAUCAAUAAACAUACAAUAAUCUUAGAUUCCAUUUUUGAUUUGUUAAAUAAAACUAAUACGCCAACCUCUGAUUUUUUCAAAAAUUUUAAUAGUAAGCUUGACCAUUUUGAAAAAUCAUUUUCUGAAUUUCAAACAAAUGUUAAAAAUGAGUUAAAGAGAAUUAGCGCAGAACUCGUAUUCAGAGAUUGUUAUGCAAUUACAGAAUCUGUUGUUUUAGCAUUAAAGUCAAAAGUAGAUCUUUUAGUUACACUUCUUGGAGGAGAUAAAGAUCAUUUAAAUCCAUUUUUAUUUUCACCGAGUAUUUUAUAUAAUAAACUAAGUGAAGCAAAUACCUUUAUUCCAAAAAGUUCUAAACUGCCAUUGCCAGUAAGUUGGGCACACAUUUUUGAAUACUACAGAAUUUCGACAGGAUCUCAACAUAGAUUCGGGUCUUAUUUAAUUUUUACAGCAAAUAUUCCAUUGGUACAUAGCGAGUCUUUCAACGUGUUUAAAUUAACUCCUGUCCCGGUUAGAAUUGAAAACAACAAAUAUUCAAUUUUUAAAUUUGACAAUGAUAUUUUGAUCGCGGACAAUGACAUGAAAAAAUUUUCAAUGAUGGACACGGAACAUUUUGAACAUUGCCAGCAUGCUGAGAAUUUAACUUUAUGCCCACAUAUAUUUAUUAUGAAAAGUAGUCCCUCUUGUGAAACGGAGAUCUUGAAAUUUUCAAAUAAUAUCGAAAAAAAUUGCAGAAGAUCCAUUAUUCAAAUUGACAACUUAUUAUUUAUAAAAUUAUUCAAAACAAAUUCAUGGGUUGUUGUUAAUCCACAAUCGGAAGUUGCGCAUUUGAACUGCUUAGAUUCCAGCAAACCAGUCCAGUUACGGGAUUCUUCUAUCAUUGAAAUAAAAGCCAACUGUAAAUUAAUUUCAGAGCAUAUUAAUUUAUACCCUGCUCAAAUGAUAGAAUCCAAUAUAACAAUUUAUUUUAAUUGGAAUCUUAAUUUUUCCAAAAUUAAUUUCAAUUUUUCUUCUGAUUUUAACAUUGAUUCAAUUGAAUUUCCAAAAAUUAAUGUGCCAAUUAUUAACAUGAAAGAUGCUAAAACAUUAGCAAAUCUUGGUAAAGAUAUCGAAGUUUUAAAAAAAGAGAAAAUCGAAUUACAAAAUCUAAAUAAACAAAACACUAGCGAUUUUAUUAUUCAGACUUCUAGCAUUUUGUUAAUAUUUGCCAUCUUUGGCUAUAUAAUUUAUGAUAAAUGCAUAAGAAAAAAUAAGACAAUUAAUAUCAAUACAAUAGAGAUGCAAAAAGAAGAAAUACAAGAGAAAACAUUGGUACCGUUUAGAAGAAAAAAAUAGAUGAAAAAAAAAUUAUUUCUUGCAAAAAGAAAAUUACAUAAAUAUAUUAGUUAAAUAAUAUUAAAAAGUUUUAAAUUUUUUAGACAAAGCGCACUUUAAAAAAUUUGAAACUUGAAAAUAUUAAGGUAUAUUAAGUAAUGGAAUCAAAUUGAAAAAAGUUGCACUCAUGAUGAAUUCAAUUAAAAAAAAAAAAAAAACACGGUUAUGAAUUAAAUAUAAGAAAAAGAUCAUUUGGAUAAAAUAAAUAGAAUCUGUAAAAAAUUGAGAUUAACAAAGAAGACAAUUAUUUCGGCUAGAUCAAUAAAAAUGUUUGUAAAAUGUAUACUCAAAAUGAUUGAAAAAUUUGUAUUCAAUAAAACUAGUAAUACUAUUCUCAAAACAAAAAAAAAAUGUAAUUAACACUUAUUGUUAAAUAAACAUUAGUAUCAAUGAGAAAAAA